AUGACGAGGCCGUCUAGAGCGCAACCUCUUACCCAGCCUGUCGUACCGAGGCGUUACGGUCGAAUUGACGCGACUCGCGGCGCGGAAGGCGGGAGCGGCGACCACGAACGACCGUUGGACGAGUCGGCUGGCGCUACAGCCGCGGACGAUGCUUCCGAGAAAGGCCCGCGUGCCACUGGCGAGGACGACUCUAACGGGGCUGCUGCUAAUAGCGAGGGUGGUUCAAUCGGGGACGCGGCGCGGCGGAUCUGGGACGUGAGCGGGCGCGAUCUGGUGCAGGUGGCGCUGGAGGCGAGCCGCGCGACGGACGGCCCGCGAUUCCUGGCGCCGUGCGGCGUGCGACGCGAGCUGCCGCUGCUCGUGUACCUGCCCGGGCUGGACGGCACGGUGAGAGGUGGUGGUGUAUGGAUACGGCACGAGUUGCAGGGCAUAGGGCAUAGGUUGAGAGUUUAUAUUGUUCGAUGCAAGCUGCCUCUGCUCGUGUACCUGCCUGGGCUGGACGGCACGGUGAGCGGUGGUGGUGUAGGGAAACCCCCUCUUCCACCACCCCCUCCCCCACCCGUUUCUCCUUUCCUCUCCUACCCACCCACCUCCCAGGGCGUGUUCCUGGAGCGGCAUCUGGAAGGCUUAAAGCCAUGCUACGAUGUUGCUCUGCCUCUGCAUUCCCGCCUCUGA